AUGGUUCAGCGCGCGUCGACCGGAUCGCGGCAGCUGAAAGUCAACCCAGUCAACGAUCCAGGUGUGGCUGAAACCGCGACAACCCCCACGGGAAGUCAAGAGAAAAAGAAAGGGAUUUCGUUCCUUGGCGGUCUAAGCUUUAAAACCACCGCAUCAACAGAUAAGGCCGUGGCGGCCACUUUAAGGACUUAUCCCGACCUAAAGCCGUGCAUUGUGAAAGGUAACAAACCGCGGCGCCGGCAACGAGAUUCAUCGGAACCCAGAAGAAAGGUUACGUUCAACGAAAAAAUUGAGGUCGCGGUGUGGGAGGUGGAGGAGGAGGAAAAUGUCACAGAAUCCAAAUCGGCGAAUAAAGGACGUGGAUUUUUCUUAUCCAAGGUGCUGACUGGUGCAGCAAGCAGUCUGCUAUCGCAGGGGUCGAAGAAACCGCUUCCCAAGGAUCUGCCGCUUCAGAUUGCACCUAAGAAGAAAAAGGGCGAAGCGGGGAAGGCGGGGAAGGCGGGGAAGGAUCAAGCGGCGUCGGGUGAGGUGAAGUCGGCGAAAGCGCGCCCAGCCCCUGGUGCGAAGCGCGCUACUCCGCCCGUCGCGGGUGCCAAACCCAAAGCUGCAGGCGUAAGACCUGGCCCUCCUGCGCAGAGACCGCGGCCGGCGGGCGCGGAUGCGCCAGGGAUGGGGGAGAGGCGGAUGCGGCCGCCUCCGCCUGCCGGCAGCUGUGCCGGCGACGGCGGGCCCCGGGGCCCCCCUCGCGCUGGCGCUGGACGCGGGCAGGCGGCAGCGGAGAGGCCGGCGGAAGGACGGCAAAGGGAUCGGGGGGAGAUGCGGGGAAACGUGGCCGGGCCGGGGCAACCGGCGGGGGGUCCACGGGACAUGGCGCAGCAAGGGGGUCAGCAGCAGUGGGGCGGGAGUGGCGGAGGGAUGGGCACGCAAGGAGCGAGCAUGAGCGGGCAGGGGGGCAUGGGCGGACAGGGGAUGGGGAUGAUGGGGCAGGGGAUGAUGGGGGGAGGGGGAAUGCCUGUCGGAGGACCGCCGAUGGGGAUGCAGAUGCAAGGAGGUAUGGGGACGGGGAACCAAGGCAUGGGCAUGGGCGGCCCAGGUAUGGGCAUGGCCGGGCAGCCAAUCGGCGCGCAGUACGGAUAUGAUGCGAAUCAGAAUGCGAUGGGCAUGGAUAUGGCAGGCGGCGGAGGGUAUGGUCACCAAUGGGCGGGGGGCGCGGGGAACGCGGGGAGCGGCGGCGAGUGGGAGUAUGAGCAGGAGGGGGAGUGGGGGGAGGUGGAAGGGGAGGAAUACGAGGAUGAAGAGGAGGAGCUUGAGGAUGGGGAGGAUUAUGAGGAGGAGGAGGAGGAAGAGGAGGAAGAUGAUGAAGAAGAGGAGGAGGAGGAAGAGGAUGAGGAAGAAGAGGAGGAAGAAGAUGAGGAGGAAGAGGGGGAGGAGGAGGAAGAGGAGGGGGAGGAUGAGGAGGGUGAGGAGGAGGAAGAGGAGAGCGGUGCUAAUUGGUCGCACGCUGGGGGUGGUUACCAGCAGGGGCAAAUGGGGAUGCCUGGGGGGCCGAUGGGGGGGGGGAUGGGGAUGCAGCAGCAGGGCAUGCCGAUGCAUGUUAACAACCCCAACCAGGGGGCAUCUAUGCCUGUCGGCUUUGGGGGUCCUCCUGGCAUGAUGCCCCCCCCUCAGGGGUACUCGAACGCGAUGCCCCCAGGUUCUGGGCCUAAUUACCCUGGCUUCCAACCCGCUCGUGGGUACCCCCAGCAGGCGCAGAUGGGGGGCAUGGCGGAUGAUCUCUAUGGCGGAGGGAAUGGGGGCGGCGGAGGGAUGUGGGGGCCGCAGAUGGGGGGAAUGCCGCCCCAGGGCGGGGGGAUGGGGCCUGGGGGCGCGGUGGGGGCGGUUGACGACGAUUUGUACGGGGGCAGGGGGAGCUGGGGCGGGCAGCAGGACAUGGGCGGAAUGCAAGGGGGGAUGCAGGGCGGAAUGCAGGGGGGGAUGCAAGGGGGAAUGCAGGGCGGAUGGCAGGGGCAGCAAGGUGGAGGGGGAGGCAAUUGGGGGAGGCCGGGUUGGGGAGGCGGGGGAGACAUGGCCGGCGGAGAGCAGGGAGGAGUGAAGCUGGAGCGAUCACUGGCAGCUGAUGACGCACGCGAGCAGGAACUGGAUCAGGUGGGAGCACAGUCAUGUGUGUGCGUGCUGCUUCCACUGCUCGCCGUUCCCUUACCCCAUCCUCCCCUCCUGUCACUCAACCACGCCUCUCACCCCUUGCCCCCUCCCCAUUCCAUUCUGCACUUCCGCAGCACCCAAAACCCUUUCCCUGCUCUUUCCCGCUUUCUCUUGACUGCAGGUCCGCCUUCUCCCUCCCGACAAGCCAGCAGUCACACUGAGAUCAGCCUUUGUUUUUCCAAGACCUGGGCCUGCAGGUGCAACGCAAAAGCCCCCCCUCUGGCCCCGCCCUAUCACCGCCUCUCCCCUCCGUCCUGCACUUCCAUACCACCUCAAAUUCCUCUCCCCGGUUUUUCCCCUCUUCUCCCUCCACUGCAGGUCCGUCCUCUCCCCCCCGGCAAGCCAGCAGUCACACGGAGCGCAGCCUUUGUCUUUGAAGAUCUGGGCCUGCAGGUGCAGCGCAAAGGGCCCCCGUCCGGCCCCGCUCCUCCCCACUCCAUGCCGCCGCCCUCCGCCUCAAACCCUAACCUGCCCGGAAAUUUUCCUCCCGGGCAGCCGCCAAUGUGGGGCAGCAGCAUGAGCACGGGCGGUGUUAAUGGCCCGCCAACCCCGUCAAGUAAGAUGCUGCUGGGGCCAGGGGCACGGUCGCAUCGAGGCAUGCGAUUGCUGUCUGAGGAUGUACCUGAAAUGAGGCAGAGAGGCGGGCCGGGAGGCAGGAGGCCGGGUGGUGGAGGGGAGUAUGACGGAGGGAGAGAGGUCCGGGCGCCGUCACCUGAUGAGAGUCGGCUGAGUGAGAGGAUGAGGAGGCAAGGGUUAGGAGAGGGAGGGGCGGGAGGGGGGGCGAGGGGCGGAGGUGUGAGCGGGGGUGGGGAUCGGCAGGGGCAUAGGUAUUCUGGGUCGACUAUGAGCAAUGCCAGCAGCGCUGUUGGGGGCGGUGGGGCGGGUGGGAGCACCAGUGGCUCUGCGCGUAAACCAGGCAAGGAUCAGCAGCAGCAGCAGCAGAGCUCGAGAGCAGAAAAGAGGCAGCCUCCAACGCCACAGCAACAGGCUGAGCAGAGGGAGAGAAUUAUGAAGAAGUUAGCAGGGGGCCAGCCACAGCCGCAACCACAGGCACCGGUGGAGCAAGAGCCGGGCGGCGAGAAGAUGAAGAGGACAAGCACAGGCGGUAGAAGAUGA